AUGGAUGAACCACCUCUAGGACCCCCUCCAAUAGAAACAACAGUUCUCCUACUCGGAGAUCCCGAAGUAGGUAAAUCGACCUUCUUAUCCAACCCCCCAUCCAACCUCUCCUCCUCCGCCAGCUCAACCCAAGCCCAGCUCCUCCUAGACUCCCACCAACCUUUCACCUUCGGAAUCCGCUUCUCCAACAUCCCCUACCGCAUCAAUUUCUACGACUCCUCUUCGCCUAUCGAUUGGAAAACUUUGAAACCUAAUGUCGUCGUACUCUGCUAUGCGGUUCCGAAUCGAUUGAGCUUGAUUAACGUGCAGAGAUUUUGGGCCAAACAACUCCAAACCGCCUUCCAAUACGAACUCCCCAUCCUCCUCCUCGCACUGAAGCGAGAUCUCCGAUCCGAAAAAGAUCCAAACGGAAUAAUAUAUCCGCAAGAGGGACACCGCAUUGCGCAAGAAUUGAGAUGCGAUCGAUACAUGGAAUGUUCAUCUAUGACCGGUGAACUAGUACCAGAAGUAUGGGAGGACAUUAGUCGAACUGCCGUCUUGGCUGCGGGAGGAGGGAAAGGGGGUUCGAGUGGUGGUGGUGGCGGGUUGAGUGAUGGGGGUUGUGUAAUUAUGUAA